AUGCGAAUUUCAUAUUCUUACAACCUCGCUGUACUUAUCGGCAUGAAUGUCAUUAUCUGGACAAAUGGUCUCCCACUCAUUCCAGACGACAACGGCUCCAUUUUACCUCGCCAGGACAUCACAACACCUCUUGGUAUCGAUGUUAAAGAUCUUGACCUCGGCGAUAUAUCUCCUAUCGAGGAUGGAUGGCUCGAAUUGGAUAGCGACGAUGGAGAUGGGAACCAUCUUGGAUCCAGCUCUGUUUCAAAUGCGAACGGAUACUUAGGUUCGAUUGGAUCCGGCCAAGCAAGCCAGAAUGGGAAGUCACUGGAGGGCAGCAGUGCUGCAUGCAGUUUAACUGGAUGUGUAACCUCCGCGGCAGCAAGCAAUGGCAACCAAACAAGUACCAGUUCCACCAGUACUGGGGGAUUAAUCAGUGCACCAUUAAUCGAUGGCCCUCUCAUCGAAAUGAAUAAUUAA